AUGGAUCCCAACACUCACCACGACACCGACCCAACCAUGAAGUCCGGGUUUAUCCCAGAUCCAGCUCCUGCUGGCAUGCCAGCAAACAAAUGGGGGUCUCCCUUCUAUGAAUUCUGGGACCCUAUUGAUACCAUGCUCUGCUCGUGGUUCUGCCCCUGCUUCGUUUUUGGCCGGAACCAGCACAGACGACGUGACCCAGCCAUGACCGACUUCAACUACUUCAACGGCGAUCGUGUCGAGACUCGAAAGCAAUACGGCAUCGAGGGCAACGAGGUUCUUGACUUUGCCGGCUCCUGCUGUCUUCCAUGCUGCAUGCUCAUCCAGGAAGACAAGGAAAUCACUCGUCGUGCCCAAGCAGCUGGUUACCAACGAACUGCCCAAAUGUCCUAUCCUUAG